UUUUAAUCCACUAAAAUAAUUAAAAUUUUUUUUAUCAAGUAAUUAAGUUUAAAUUUUCUCGAUCAUGGUUAGCGUAACGUCUAUUCAAAGUUCAACUAAACCCCCAAAUUCACCCUCGACUCCUGUCCCCGAAGACAUUGUGCCCCAUUCCCUGCAAAUCUCAAUUUCUCCCCCGUUCAAUUCAAUUGUUGGAAAAUUAACAAAAUUUCCUGGGUUUUUUCUAUCUCUGAGUUGGCAGCAUUGUCAUUUAGAUUCUUUUCGACUCUUGUGAAGAAAUCUUGGAGGAAUGUGGAAUAUUUCAAUGACUCAUUAUGGUUUCUUGAGCUACUGUGGGAUUUCUUGAUCUUUAUUGCAGAUUAAUGGCGACAUCAAAUGGGCUUCUGGAUGAGUCUGUGAACGGCGAAUUUUCACAAUAACUGUGUUUGUACGUGUGUUCUUUGCCGUGAUGAUGGUGGCUGCUGCUUCUGGAGUAGCUUCAACGACUGACCCACAAAACGCAAAAAUCAGAGAUGAACGUUCAAGAAGACCACCUUUGUUGCCUUCUGAAAAAGAUAGUAGUAAUGGGGUUUCUGGCAAUACAUCCAAAAGGCCUAAAUCGAGAAUAGUCUCUUCAAGAUACAUGUGCCCGUCGACUUUCACUUCAACCUCAAAUGCAUCUUCAGUUUCCUCAUCUUCCACCUCUUCUAGAAGGUAUCCAUCCCCUUUGGUUUCGAGAAACUCGACCUCGGUUUUGAAUACGCCUUUGUCGGGACCGAAGAGGUCUGUUUCUGUAGACCGCCGGCGUCCCGUGUCUGCGAGGCCGUUAGCACUUGAUCUUGAUUCCAAGCAGAGCAAUUACACUGAGGUUUCAGCUGCCACAAAGCAUUUGGUCACUUCUACUCGGAGAUUAUCUGUUUCCUUUCAAGGUGAAGCGUUUUCUCUACCCGUUAGUAAGUCUAAGGUGGUCCCACCUUCGCCUAAUUUGAGUAGUGUGAGGAAGGGUACGCCGGAGAGGAGGAGGAGGAGCAGUACGCCAUCGAGAGGGAAGGGCGAUGGAGAAGGAGAUCAAGUGGAGAAUACUAAGCCUGUCGAUCAGCAUCGAUGGCCAGCACGGAACCGGCUAGUGAAUCCAUUGUCGAGGAGUUUGGAUUGUAGUAGUAGUGGUGAUGAGAAAAGUAAGCUCACCGGAUCUGGAAAUGUGAUUCGAGCAUUGCAACAAUCGAUGAUUGAUGAGAGUAGGGCGUCGCUUGAUGGUAGGUUAAGUCUUGAUUUGGGCAGUUCCCAGAUUCUUAAGGCGGCACCAGAUGGAAAUUCCGUGCAAUCUGAUCUCACUGCAUCUGAUACGGAUAGUGUAUCCUCUGGCAGUACAUCAGGAGUUCAAGAAUGUGGUGGGGCAUCCCAUGGGCAUAAUGGGCCUCGCGGAAUUGUUGUUUCGGCAAGAUUUUGGCAAGAAACUAAUAGUCGAUUGAGGAGAUUGCAGGAUUCAGGUUCAACCUUAUCCACAAGUCCUGGGUCCAAGUUGAUUGUGCCGCCAAAAUUGAAAAAGUAUCCAAGUGAUGGUCCCUUAUCAUCCCCACGAACGAUGACUUCUCCUAUUCGUGGAGGUAUUAGAGCUGCGUCUCCGAGCAAGCUUAAUACACCUGUGGGAUCAUCUCCAUCCCGUGGAAUUAGUCCGUCUCGAGUCAGAAAUGCUGUUAGUACCAUUAGCAAUAAUUUUAGUGAAACACCCUCAGUUCUUAGUUUUUCUGUUGACGUUAGGAGGGGGAAGGUUGGAGAGAACCGGAUUUUUGACGCACACUUGUUGAGGCUUCUGUAUAAUCGACACUUGCAGUGGCAUUUUGUAAAUGCUAGAACUGAAGCUGUCCUGCGGGUGCAGAAACACGGUGCAGAGAAAAAUCUAUGGAAUGCAUGGAUAACAAUCUCAGAUCUACGCGACACUGUCACCAAAAAAAGACACAGAUUGCAAUUGCUGAGGCAAAAGUUAAAAUUAGCCUCCAUUCUCAAGGGUCAAAUGUCCUUUUUGGAAGAUUGGGCUGCUUUGGAUAAAGACCACUCAAUUUCUUUGCUGGGAGCUAUUGAAGCUUUGAAGGCUAGCACUCUUCGUCUUCCGAUUGUUGGAGGAGCAAUUGCCGACCUGCAAAGCGUGAAAGAUGCUAUUAGUUCCACAGUUGAUGUAAUGCAGACAAUGGCAUCCUCAAUAUGUUCACUUCUGCCUAGGGUGGAGGAUGUGAACUCAUUGGUGACUGAACUUGCAAAAAUCAUGGCUAAAGAGAGUGCUCUACUUGAACAGUGCACAGAUUUUAUAUCCAUGAUAGCAGCAAUGCAGGUUAAAGAAACUAGUUUGAGAACGCAUUUGCUACUGCGUAACUGUGUAUCAUCAGCCUGAGAAGACGGACCCUUAUAUAACUGAUCAUAUUUGCUAACACUACACCAAACAUUUUUCGACCUAUCUGGAGGUAGCAUUUGUGGAUGUCAGUAUGGACCGGCUGACUUAAUCUCGGAUUUUCAUACGGGAUUUAUCAACGCGUGAAUGCUAACCAAUCCAGGUAUCCAAGAUUACAUUUCAUUCUUACCACUUAGUUGUACACAGUCUCUCUUUCUUUUUCCUACUCUUUCUGCUUGUCAAGGAAAAUGAAAAACUGAUGUAAAUAAUGUAAUAUCCUAGUAACACUGUGAUUAACCUGUUCUUGUUCUAAUCUUAGUGCUAUCUGAAUGUGUUUUUACAUUAA